AUGGCCAUGACAUUUGUGAAGCUCGGACUUUUCUCCCUUGCAUUGGCAGAGACCAAGAGUGAAGGGGGUGGCCUCAAGGUCCGUCGGGAUGGUGUGACCAUCCUCCAUAUCAGCGACACGCACAGCCUGCACCGCUCUGCUGGCGACCUCCCAAGCGCCGACAUUUUUAUCCAUUCAGGUGAUGUUUCGCAGAUUGGAAGUGAUGGUGAGGUGGGCGAUUUCAAUGAUUGGCUGGGGUCCAUCAAGGGAAAGUACAGAGAAAUGUUUGUCAUCUCUGGCAACCACGACUACUGGGAUACAAACAAACGCCUCAACCGUGGUUGGUUGGCAGAGUCCGUGGCACAGAACCCUGAAUAUUUCCAGAAUAAGAUCACCAAUGCCAAAGUUCUGGCUCAUGAGUUGGUGGAGGUUAUGGGUCUCAAGAUUUGGGGUGCUGGUUGGAAUCCUCAACGUGGAGACUCUUUCUCUGGAAACAACUAUGAUGAUGUGCCUCAAGGAAUUGAUAUCCUGGUGACGCACGAUGCAGCGGCAGGCAUUUUUGAUUCCAGUGGAGGAGGACGCUGGGGCUCCAGCCCACAGCUACUGGAUGCUAUCUACCGAACGAAACCCAAAGUUCACCUUUUCGGACACAUCCAUGAGCAGCGUGGGCACUGGCAGAAGAAUGGCAACAGCUUCCAGGGAGGCGUGGAAUAUCGUCCCAAUCCUUCAAGCAGCCAGGUUUUUCGCCAGAAUGGGCCACCACCUCAGGACUAUCCUGUGGAAGUGGAAUCCAACAAUGCUAUGGCUAAUCAGCCGGCAGUGGACCAUAGCUGGACUGGAGUUUGGGCACCACAACACCUCGUAGGGCGCCCACGGCUGAUCACUGCGAAGAGGCAAGGUGAUUCUUGGCACUUCACAUCCGAAGUGCUUUGA